UCCGAUGAUGGCGAGCAUGUCAUUGUCAUCCCUCAGCCUGGUGCUGCUCGGUUGCCUUCCCCUGCUGCAAGGGCAGCAGCUGGAGCAGCAUACAGGAUACCCCGACUGGCUGUACUCCAUGCCCUGGCGCCCGCUGGUGCCGCCCACUCCACAGCAAUUUCAGCUCUCGCAGCUGAGUCCCGGCUACACGGGGCCACAGACCUUUCCUGCCAUACGGCAGGAGCAGCAGCAGAAUGGUUUGUUCCUGCCACAGACGCAGCUACUGGGCCGUCCAGGACCGCCAGCUCAGGGUACAUUUGGACUGCCCUUUAGGCCCUCACCUUUUGCGGGCUACACGGAUGACUAUGACGAGCAUCAGGCAGGAGGAGGCGGAAACUCUCUGCAGGAGCAGGCAAGAGGCGCGGAAAGAGCUGGAGCGUAUGUCUACUUAUCGUCUGGCCGUUUUUACAGCCUAUUUAGAUCAUAG